AUGCAACAUUUUUCCGUAAGAACAAUAGAAGAUGGACGGGAACAAACGACAAGUAUUUGCAAGGGCCCCUGCAAUAAGCGAAUAACUCCGUGGCCUGCUUCGCUAUCUGCAAGUCUGCUCGAUCCGUUCCAAAGCCUUGCGGUAGACUCCAAACGACUUCAUAUCUUACUAAGCGAUUUCCAUGCAAGGCAAGCUCCCGAGCCUGUCUUUAGUGUUGAAGACGACUUUCAGAAUUUCCAAUCAGUAUUUCGGUCUGGACUCGUUGAUCCUGCUCUCUUAAAUGCUGUGAUGCUGUCCUUGGCUUUCACCGUAAAUGGCGGAGCCAUUAAUAAAGAAUGCCUGAUAUACCGAGGCAAAGCGAUCCAAUACAUUAGGGAAAGAAUAAGUACGCCUGACAAAGCCGUUUCGGAGUCAACUAUCGGCGCUAUAUUGUUGCUCGUCGGUGUUGAGGCACGGCUUGGUACCACUUCGCACGUUCAACUUCACAUGGGAGCAAUACAGUACCUGCUGAAUGCAUGUCAGCCAGUCGCAGUGAAUCUAACUCAAGGCAUAAAACGUGCCAUAUUCUGGCAGGACUUGAACUCAUCGAUCAUGGUGGGCUCAAAACGCAUAGUUGACCAUACAACCUUUGCCGAACUCGAAUGGCAACGAGACUCAAUAGCUCCAGACUUCUUUGAGCUACCACCAGGUUUUGAAACACGGUCUCAUUUAUUCAGCCAAGAAUUCCUGGACGUCGUGAGAGAUAUCCAUGCUCUUCAAUGUAUCAGGAAUAUUUAUCAGCGUACCGGCCGUGUAUUCUCAUCGGUAAAUAUCAACUGUCACACGGCAUCCAUACAAUCUCGCCUUCAAGCGCUCCCAAACACUUGCCCGAUAUCCAAGGCUUGUCAUCUCGCAGCAUACAUGUGUUCGGUCAUGUUGUGCUGCAAAGUUUGGUGCGCUUUAGUAAUUCCCGUAAGUCCCCUAUGCCGCCUUUGGAAGCAUUUGCUUACUUCUCAGUCCAAUGUUACUGCGCAACUUCUUAAAGAACUUGAAAAAGUCCGCGACGAUCCAGUAUGGGAAGCAAAUGCGGACUUGUUGCUUUGGCUUACAUGCAUUGGCGGAGUGUUUGCUCCAGAUGGGCCUGUACGUUCAGGUUACACCGCACUUUUGGAUUCGACGACUUUCCAAAGACCCAGCUUACACUGCUCAUGCAAUGUUCUGGAAAAGACCUUAUCCACAGCCAGAUGGGCUGACGCUGACCCCUCGCUUGGUACUGGCACCACUGGUUUCAUUGGAGGUGAUGCAUUCUACGCAUUGCAUAAAGCUCAUCCUGAUUGGAAGUAUACCAUCCUUGUCCGAAGUGAGGAUAAGGGAAAGGAUGUGCAGAAGCUAUAUCCAGAUGUGAAGUUGGCGAUUGGAUCUUUGGAUGAUUCCAAGGUCAUUGAGAAGGCAGCUUCUGAGGCCGACAUUGUCAUUCAUACCGCUGAUAGCUCUGAUCACCAAGGAGCUGCCAAGGCUAUCGCUGCCGGCCUGCGAUCGACUCACUCAAGCUCAAACCCCGGUUACUGGAUUCACAUCAGCGGUACAGGUAUCCUCUGCUGGUAUGACAUGGACAACAAGCGCUACGGAGAAGGUCCUCUCCCCGAGCAAGCUUACAACGAUCUGGAGGGAGUUGACAAGGUCACUUCUCUUCCCGAUACCGCUUUCCACCGAGAUGUCGACAAGAUUGUCCUCGGCGAAGCUGCCAAAGAUCCCAGCGCUGUAAAGGUCGCCAUCGUCUGCCCUCCUACUAUCUACGGAACCGGCCGAGGACCCGCCAACCAGCGAAGUCGCCAAAUUCCAGGCUUGACCGAGACAACCCUCGAAACGGGCUUUGGUCCCAUCAUCGGCGCGGGCGAGACAGAAUGGGACAACGUGCACGUCCACGAUCUCUCCAACCUCAUACUACUUCUGUCCGAGCGCGCCGCAUCAUCUGAGAAACAAUCUGACGAGCAGGAAAUCUGGGGUCCAAAGGGUUAUUUCUUCGCUGAGAAUGGUAAACACAAAUGGAGCCAGAUUUCUGCUCUAAUUGCCAAGGAGGCUAAGAAGCAGGGCGUCAUCGAUAGUGAUGAGACAAAGGUGUUGGAUGUUGAUGAGGCACAGAAGAAGCUGGGUUUCCAGGCUCUUUCAUGGGGAUUGAAUAGUCGCGGUGAGGCUAAGAGGGCGAGGAAGUAUCUUGGUUGGAAGCCCGUGGGUAAGAGUUUGGAGGAGUGGAUUCCUGAGUCGGUGCAGAUUGAGGCUAAGCGACUGAACAAGGCUUAA